AUGGCUUUGAGAACUCUUCGGCCAGAUCUGAACAUCGCUCCAUAUGAGGACGGAGUCGUUACCUUACCUGUCAAAGAGGGGACUGUAGUUGCUGUUCGGAAACCUGAUAGUGAAGAUGCUCCUCCAGCAAAGAAGAUCAAGCUGAAUGCGUUGGAGUCAGCUCUGUCACUACUUGACUGCAUGCGAAAACUCUGUGCAGAACGUGUUUCUGAAGGACCAUACAAUCCUGUGUUCGAUAUCACCGACAUAACUGAGAAUGCUGCUACUACUCCUGGAGAAAAGCGGAAGUUCAGGGCUACUCUAACCUUUGCGGAACAAGGCAAGGUUUACACUCAUGAGGGCUUUGGUAAAAUAUCGACAAGAGAUGUGGCAGUGCGUGAGGCAUUGCUGGAUCUCUUUAAUGUUCCGCAAGAAGAUAUCCGCAGAAUUGUUCGUCGUCAUUUGAUGGGAAAGCUUACUGAUAUGCCAAUCAUUCAGACGCUCUACCAAGUCGCCCAUCUAUGUUGUUGUGAGGUGCAGUUCAAGGUAGACAUCAGUAACGACAAAGCGAUGGGCCAUCUACCACCAUCAUUUGUCGCCGUCUGCACUCUCAUCGAUCAUUCCAGUAUUUUGCUUUAG